CUGAGGAGUAAAUAGUGUAUUUCUUUUAUAGGAUGUUGACGAGUUUAUAGGAUGUCGGUAACCGAGUUAUUGUUUAUUAGUUUAUUAGCAUUUUUAACGUAAAUAGUCGACCUGUUAUCUGUUCUAGCGUAAGAUAAUGACAUAACAGCCUUAAUAAAUCUUAUUCUCAAGCUGAGAGUGAUUUUAUUCGAUUUUUUUUUCUCCACAGUAAAUUUGGUGUUAUUUCCGGACUGAAAAUGAACGACAGUACAGAAGAGGAUCGGAUUACUCUGGAUAUGGAGUCCUCCUGCUUCUCUCAGGUUGUUUUUAUGGAUGUUCCUCACUCGUAUCCGCCGAACACUUCAGUGAAGUGCAGCUACACUGUGACCGGAGGACUGAACCCCAGCUCUAAGGACUGGAUCGGCGUAUUUAAGGUUGGCUGGAGUUCAACUCAGAAAUACCACAGCUACGUAUGGGUGGAACCUCCUGUGGACCAUGAUGGAGCUGAGCCCCUUAAACUACAGGUUGUCUUUGAUGAAUACUACCUUCCUAAGGAUGAUGGGGAGUUCUAUCAGUUCUGCUACGUGGACAGCAGUGGUCAGGUCAGAGGAGCCAGCACACCGUUCUGCUUCCAAAACCCAGCAGAAUCAAGCUUAGACUGCAGCCUUUUGGUCAUCACAACACAGGAACAAGCAGAGCAGAUGGAGAAGGAGAAAAAGGAUUUAUUGACUCAGAUGGAACAAGUGAAAGAAGAAAAUCUGAUUUUGAAAAAGGAGCUGGAGGAAAGGUUGCAUGAAAUUCACCAUCUCAGGACGCACAUAGAUAAGCUGAAGUCAGACAGUACAUCUGAAACGCUACCACCAAAUGAGCAGAAGCCUGAAAGUGUUGAACAGGUCACCCAAGAGCAGCAGCUUCUCUCCCACACAGUGGCUGAAAACGAAGCCAAACAGGAACAGGAGUCACUGACCAUUUUCCAAGACAAGUAUGAUAAAGCUGUGCAGAAGAUCCUCAUGCUGAAAGACGAGAAAGUUCUGCUAAAGGAACAGCUCGAAGCCCAGCAAGCUGAGAUUUCACAGUUGAGGCCCAAGGUGAAAGAAUACGAGCAGGAUUUUAACAGACUGCAAGAUCAUGUCCAGCUGCUGCAGGUUGACGUACAAAGUAGCCGGAAAGAGAAUGAAAGGUUGCAUGCGGAAAUCCUGGAGCUGAUGGAAAUGAAGAGGGAGGUGGAGGGACUGCGGGGCGAGAACAAGACUUUACGUGCAAGCUUAUCAGAACAGGGACCCUCUGAUGGGGACAAAAGUAAUACAAAGGUGCAGAUUCAGACCGUCCUGAAGCAGCUGACAGAAGCCAGAGGGACGCUACGCAAAGAGAUUGCGAACAGCAACGAGGCAAACAGACGUGCCGAUAAAGCUGAACUGGAGCUGAGACAGCUGAAGGAGCAGCUUGAGCAAAUGACAGUGACUAAGGAGCGGAAGGUGGACAGCAGCCAGAUGGAGAAACAGCUUGAGGAAGCACAGAGGAGAAUCAAUGAACAGGCAACCAUGGCCAAAAUAGCGCGAUUAGAAAAGGAAAAACUUGCUGAAGAAAAUGAGGAACUCAAAGCAGAAGUAACGAAAUUACAAACACAAUUAUAUGAACUUCAGCUCGCAUCGGUAGCUGUAGUCGCUCAGCAGCAACCCAGCCCUCUCAGUCCAUCUUUUACUGACCCUUUCAACUCACAGCAGCAACCUCAAUCAGCCUCACAUUACUAUGAGAGCAUCACUGGACUUUCUGGAAUUUCCACUGACUUAGAAAACAAGAUGGUGUGCCGUCAUUGCCAGGAGAGUUUUCCUGAUAUCAGUGAAGACGAACUGGCAAUGCACGAGCAAUCUCACAAGGUUUGUCCUUUCUGUACAUUGAUCUGUGAUGAUUUGGGACAGCAGGAGUUUGAAGAUCACGUCUACGGCCACGAGUAAUAGUCACAUCACCAAGGCCCAUCUAGGGAAAAUAAUUAUUCGUUACCAACUUAAAAAGCUUUUGAAGUUUGGAAAAACAUGAAUAAUUAUGUAAAUUGGUGCAAAUUUCUAGAUAUUUCUGCCUGCUUAAAUACUUUACUAUAUUUAUUUCUUCCAUUUUUUUUUUAAACUAGAAGCACUGACAUGCUGCGUGUUGAAUGCAGCUAUGCCACAAGAUGUUCUCAAAACUGUGGUGGUUUUUAAGUUGCUGUAAUAAUAGGUAGAGCAAUAAAAAUAAACUUUUUAAUGUGCAUGGUCCUCAAAUAUCAGACUCUGAACUGUUUCAAAUUAAUGUACUGGAGUAUCUUCAAACAUAAACCCUUACAAAUGCAAACGAAAACUACAAGCAAAUCAAAACCGAAAUUAGUAGAUAAACAAAGUAGCCACAGUUCUAUACAACUGAUUAAAAUCUAGGACGAGAAUACCAUGAAAAGAGGAAGCUCACAGGAAAAAAAGUUUUUAGGUUUUAAAUGUUGUUUUUAAUUUUUAAUCAAAUAAUCAGCGCCUUAUCUUUGAAUGAGAAAGCAAUUACUUGAAUUAUGUUCCAAAAGCUAUGGAGGAAAACAACUGUUUCUGGCAGCUGUUUGUCAAAAGUUUCAGCUAUGUUAAAAAAUAAAUAAAUACAUAAUUAAUAAAUAAAUUUUUGACUUUUUGAUUUUUCUCAAAAUUUAUCAGAGGUUAAACUUUUGAGAAGUCAGUUUUGGGUAAAUAAGUCUUUAUUUUGACAAAAGCUAAAAUGUCAUUAUUUUGACAUAAAAAGUCUAAAUUUUGAUACUGCUGACUGAGUAAGAGGGAAAAAAAACAGGGUUUUCUCUCCUGUGUGGCGGAAAUAAGUUUUCAUUAAAGACGAGGUUAGAUAACCCAGGUAUGCUUUAUAUCCUUUGUGCUGGCUGCUGAUUUUUGAUCAGGCUGGAAAUCAAGCCUCAAAGUAUGUUAUAGAGAAAGAUUUUACAUUAGUUUAUUAUUUAAAGCUACACAGUGUAAGGAUUAGAGAUUUGGAGACCUCUCUGAUGGGAAAAGUGUAAUUGCACAGAUCAUGUGGAAGAACAUUUUGUAAUGUUGGGUGUGCUCUGGACCUCUUCGCUGAGUGGAUGACGGUGAUGAUUGCGAGUGAGUUGAAAGAGCAUUCAAGAGAACUCAUUCAAAACUUGGGAGGACGUUCAUCAGCAUAAUGUUGAUUCCUGAAGAAGUGCAAUUGAGACCUAAAUAUCAAACCAAAACUUCUUUUGGAGAAGAUGUAUGCGUGAGACGUUAAUACAUUAAGAUGUAUGAUGUGGACCAUAAACUACCACAAAAUCUGACCUGACAUUUAAUAUUUAAUAAUGUUAUUUGUAAUUCUAAAUAUAAUGCAUGCUUAUAGUUUUUAAAAAGUAUUGUAAAACAAUGUAAUGUACACCUGCAUCUUAAUUGGUGACUAAAUAAAAAAUUAAAAUGAAACAAAAAAGGCAAACAAAUAUUUACAGAAAUUCCUACAGAAAAUAAAUGCUUUUAUUAUCCA